UCCCGCCGCAGCCCUCGGGCCGGCUCCGUUCCGAGCUCGGGCUGUUGCGGCGAUCGCGACACGUGGCGCGAUAGGGCGACCCCGCUGGCGCCGGCCCGGCGGGCAGCAUGGCCGCGGCGGCCGAAACGGCGGGCGGAGGAGGCAGCAGCCGGCACGAGAAGAGCCUGGGGCUGCUCACCACCAAGUUCGUGUCGCUGCUGCAGGAGGCCAAGGACGGCGUGCUGGACCUCAAAGUGGCUGCUGAUGCCCUUGCUGUAAGGCAGAAGAGAAGGAUCUAUGAUAUCACCAACGUUUUAGAGGGUAUUGAUCUCAUAGAGAAGAAGUCAAAAAACAGCAUUCAGUGGAAAGGAGUAGGUGCUGGCUGCAAUACAAAAGAAGUCGUGGACAGGCUGAGGUAUCUUGAAGCUGAAAUUGAAGACCUAGAGCUAAAAGAAAAAGAAUUGGAUCAGCAGAAACUGUGGCUACAGCAAAGCAUCAAGAAUGUUAUGGAUGAUUCUACAAACCACCAAUUUUCAUAUGUCACCCAUGAAGAUAUCUGUAACUGUUUCAAUGGAGACACACUUCUAGCAAUUCAAGCACCUUGUGGUACACAGUUAGAAGUACCUAUACCCGAAAUGGGACAGAAUGGACAGAAGAAAUACCAGAUCAAUCUUAAAAGUAGUUCAGGACCUAUCCAUGUACUGCUUAUAAACAGAGAAUCAAAUUCCUCCAAGCCCAUGGUGUUUCCAGUUCCUCCACCCGACGACCUUGCACAAACCCCAUCUCAGCCUGCAGCUCCAGUGACUCCCCUUAAACCUACUCCAGCUCCUGAAAACCCACCAGAACAUAGCCUUAACCAGGAACAACAGUUGCCAGAAACAACAGUGGACACACAGUCAGAAAGCAGUCUGCAGCAGAACAGUACAACUCCAGCAACUCCUUACUCUAGCCUUCCAGACUCAGUGUUGUACCCCAGCCUUUCAGGAGAUGUCGCCCAAGCUACAGCGAGCUCCAAUGACUAUCAGGCUUUGCUCCCUUUGGACGUUAACUGUAUCCUCAAGCCAAACUCAUUUGACAUAGGAAAGAUGGAAGAGCCCACAGGAAAUAUUGGUGGGGAUAUUAUUGACGAACUUAUGUCCUCUGAUGUUUUUCCUCUCUUACGACUCUCUCCUACUCCCGGAGAUGACUACAACUUUAACCUGGAUGAUAAUGAAGGAGUCUGUGAUCUCUUUGAUGUGCAGAUACUAAAUUAUUAGAUAUUGUG